GGCUGAUGUACUCGGCUAUUUCCCUCUUCAUUCCAGACCACCAGUAACUUUCUUUCAAAUCACGGUACAUUUUCGUGCCCCCCGGGUGCAUGGCAUAAGCCGAUGAAUGAGCCUCCUCUAAGAUGGACUUUCGGAGCUCAUCAUCUGACGGCACACACACUCGGUCACGAAAUAACAAGAGACCAUCAUCUCUUUCCCUGAAAUCCUCCACCGGUCCCGCUUGCAUGCAUUCCCGGACCUUCAUAAGUUCUGCGUCAGUCUCUUGACCCUUCUUGAUCUCAUCAAGUAAAGUAGGUCUCACCUCAAAUCGUGCCAAUAAGGCACCAUCGCUGGAUACCUCCAGUUGGGCUCUUAAUGCCCUCAAAUUAGCUAGCAAUGCCCCAGACGAGCUCUUCCGACUCAAAGCAUCUGCCACCACGUUUGCCUUGCCUGGGUGAUACUCUAUCACUAGAUGGUAGUCUUUUAUCAACUCCAUCCACCGUCUCUGUCUCAUGUUUAGCUCUUUCUGAGUAAACACGUAUUUCAAGCUCUUGUGAUCAGUGUAUAUGUGACAUAGACGGUGGAUGGAGUUGAUAAAAGACUACCAUCUGGUGAUAGAGUAUCACCCAGGCAAGGCUAACGUGGUGGCAGAUGCUUUGAGCCGGAAAAGCUCGUCUGGGCCAUUGCUAGCUAAUUUGAGGGCAUUAAGAGCCCAACUGGAGGUAUCCAGCGAUGGUGCCUUAUUGGCACGAUUUGAGGUGAGACCUACUUUACUUGAUGAGAUCAAGAAGGGUCAGGAAACCGACGAAGAAAUUAUGAAGAUCCGGGAACGCAUGCAAGCGGGACCGGUGGAGGACUUCCGAGAAAGAGAUGACGGUCUCUUAUUAUUUCGUGACCGAGUGUGUGUACCGGCAGAUGACGAGCUCCGAAAGUCCAUCUUAGAGGAAGCUCAUUCAUCGGCUUAUGCCAUGCACCCGGGGGGCACGAAGAUGUACCGUGACCUGAAGGAGAGUUACUGGUGGUCAGGUAUGAAGAGAGAAAUAGCCGAAUAUAUCAGUCGAUGCCUUACUUGUCAACAAGUUAAGGCAGAGCAUCAGCAUCCAGCGGGCUUAUUGCAACCACUUUCCAUUCCUGAAUGGAAGUGGGAACACGUGACUAUGGAUUUUGUGGUAGGGUUGCCACGGACGAUCAGGAACUAUGAUGCAGUUUGGGUUGUUGUAGAUAGGCUCACAAAGAGUGCACACUUCUUACCUAUCAACACUACUUACCCACUCGAGAGGUUAGCCAAAUUGUACACGGAUGAGAUCGUGAGGCUACAUGGGGUUCCAGUGACCAUUGUAUCCGAUAGAGACCCACGAUUCACAUCACGUUUUUGGCCGAAAUUUCAGGAGUCUAUGGGAACGAGGUUGAAGUUCAGUACUGCUUUCCACCCACAGACGGACGGGCAGUCUGAAAGAGUCAUACAGAUCUUAGAAGACAUGCUGAGGGCUUGUGCAUUAGAGUUCCAAGGAAGUUGGGACAACCACUUAGCACUUGUGGAGUUUGCCUAUAACAACAGUUAUCAGGCAAGCAUCGGCAUGCCUCCAUACGAGGCAUUGUAUGGGAGGAGAUGCCGUACACCGUUAUGCUGGGAUGAGGUUGGCAUGGCCAAACUCGAGGGUACUGAGUUGGUUGAGGUCACCAAGUCAAAGGUGAAGUUGAUUCGAGAGAGACUCAAGGCGGCUCAGGACAGGCAAAAGAGUUAUGCGGAUAAGCGUCGAAGGACCUUAGAGUUUAAGGUUGACGACGAGGUAUUCUUGAAAGUUUCUCCUUGGAAAGGAAUCAUUCGAUUUCAAACCCGAGGGAAGCUUAACCCACGGUACAUAGGUCCAUUCAGAAUUAUAGAGAGGAUUGGGGCCGUUGCAUAUCGUCUACAGUUGACUCAUGAGUUAGAGAAGAUACAUAAUGUGUUUCACGUAUCCAUGCUUAAGAAGUAUGUGCAUGAUCCCUCUCACGUAUUGGAGAAGCCACCUGUAGAGGUACGUGAGGAUUUGAACUACUCUGUUCAACCUAUCAAGGUCACCGAUAGAAAGGUGAAGAAACUGAGGAGCAAGGAAGUCCCAAUGGUUAAAGUCCUGUGGAAGAGCGAUCAGGUCGAAGAAGAGACAUGGGAAACAGAGGCUUUGAUGAGGAAGCAGUAUGCUUUCCUAUUCGAGUAGAGCUGUGAAUUUCGGGGACGAAAUUCCUGUUAAGGGGGGGUGAACUUGUGACACCGCACCCGAAUGUCCUUGGAAAUUUGAUUUGAAUAUUCAUAGCUUAUGUAUUGGAUUUCCGAUUCCCAAACAUUUUGUAAAACGAUCAAUGUUCUACGUAGUGCAUGGUUGAAUAUCGUAUUGUUCAAACUCGUACAUUAGUGUCGGGUUUCGCAAAUACUUACUCGGGACUUAUUAAUAAAUAAGAAAGCCCAACAUUACCUAAAUAGUGAAAGAAUGAUUAAAGGAGAAUACAAAUGUCUAUAACCCCAUCUUUGGCAUUAUUGAGCUAAAUAAUGGGAGUAGGAUUUUCCUUCUAAAAUAUCCAUCAAGUAAAUUAUUGGGAUGAGCCUACACAUAUUGGAGAUCAAUAAUGUGAUUUAGGAAGUUGACUUGUUCUAAAUAAAUUAGGAUGAGUACAAAAAGACAUCUUUGACAAAGAUAAAACAAUAGGACCCAUCUUCCCAUUUUUGGAAGUAUUGGUAGAUAUUUUGGACCCCAAAUUUAAUGGGAUCAAUUGGGAACCACUCCACAUGAUAUUAGUACCUGCAAAACAAAUAAAAAUGGGUUAGAAGACCUACCUUGGCCGGCCAUAAUGGAGGGGAGCUGCACAUGACUUGAUAGGAAUCAAAGCUUGGGCCACCAUCCUUAUUUUCGCACAAAUUGGGUGCUGUUUGUCUCCUCUCAUUAUAGAAGCUAUACUCGACCAAACAACGUGAAUAAUAUGUCCUUGGAUAGCCUUUGAAGUCUAUUAUCUCAAUUGAGUGGUCUUUGUUCGAGGAGAGAAGGCUUAUCUUACAAAAAUCGAGCUGGAACGAGCAGAGGUCUGUGAACUCGAGCUGUGAGAGUGCUGAGACUGUUUGGUCGAUAUCUCGAGUUUUACAAAUCCAAUUAAGGCGUGUGAGAUACCCACAGAAAGCUCUCAAGACGAGGAAUCCGUGAAGGUCUGGUUUGCAGGAAUCGGAGUUGUGGAAGGCUUCCAAAUCGUCCGAGCAAAACACAACCUCGCAGGAGAGGAUUUAAUCUUCUAAAAGUGAGUUUUA